AUGUUGUUUCAUGUCACCACACUUCCGACGCCUCCUCCUGAGAUUUUGACAAAUUCAACGAAACCACCUACAUUAUCCGAAUCAACUACCAAAAUUCCGUUCACUACAAUGUUUUUGUCUUCCGAACGGAAGCAAACCAAGAAAAAAUUCUUUAACCCCUGCUUAUCGGGUCGACCACUGAUGAACGAGUUUGAGAUGCCGAUUUCUUGCAAUUAUCUUAAUCAACCGAAUGGCGGCUGUCCUGAAGACUACUGGUGUCACAUCGGUGCUUCAUUUGCUACUACCUCUUGCUGUCCGAAAACAGAUACCUUGGAUCGCUGCGGGAUGCAACGUGCAACGGGGGAGGGCGACGAAUUGGUGGCUCGUUGGUACUACGACCACCGUGUUAAGCAAUGCCGGCGGUUUCUUUACAAGGGAAUUCGUGGUAACAUGAAUAACUUCGUCACGAAAACGCAGUGCAUCGACGCGUGCGAGAUUUCGACAGCCGUUGAUGGCAAGAAUCCUUGCCGAUUCGGCCAUCCUGCAAAACACCAACAAAACCGAUCACUUGUUAUGUGCGGUCCAAACAACACCUCACUAUGUCCACAGAACCACUUCUGCCAUCUUGGCGAAACUCCAGAAACCACAGUGUGCUGCGAAUCAAGCGGAUCAACUGAUCCAUGCCUCUUGCCGCUAAAUGUCGGCGAAGGAAAAGCACUCCUAAAAAGGUUCUACUAUAAUACUUUCACCAAGCGAUGUUCUGAGUUCAUCUACCGAGGAAUUAAGGGCAACGAAAACAACUUCGUCACCAAUCGGCAAUGCGAAGAUGUAUGUCAAAGAUGGAAUAAUCCAUGCCCUACUGAAAUGAACAAUCUGUUGAAGAAGGAAUGUUCGCUGUUAGGAACUGAAUGCAGCGAAGACCAAUGGUGUCACAUUGGGCCAUCACAAGCAACUACUGUUUGUUGCCCUGGAGGGGUGACGGAACCAUGCUCUCUUCCAUUGAAGACUGGUGAAGGCGAUUUCGAACUACCUCGUUGGUACGCUGAUCCAAACGAAAAGUCAUGUUCACGUCAGUGCAAACCAUUCAUGUACAAGGGAGCCAAAGGCAAUCAAAAUAAUUUCCUCACAAAAACUGCUUGUGAAAAGAAAUGUCAACGCAAGUGCAAGUCACCAUGCGGUACUGGAACGAUGUUGAUGACGCCGACAAAUGAACCGCGUUUCUGUAGUCCUACGUCACCGUGUCCGCAGACUCAUUGGUGCCAUGUUGGCAUUACUGCGGAAACGACAGUUUGCUGCUCAACAGUUUUGAACACUUGCGAGCUGCCGAUGAUGAAAGGUCAUGGCAAUUCAUUUCUUACACGCUGGCAUUUUGACAAUAAUCAGAAAAAAUGCGUGAAGUUCAUCUACAGUGGUGAAGGAGGUAAUCAGAACAUGUUUCUUACACAAGAAGAUUGCCACACGAUAUGCCCAGUUUUUCAAAAUCCGUGCGGAAGUGGGAAACCAUUACUCAUUAUGGGUAUGCCAAAAGUAUGUAGUCCUUCUCAACGCUGUCCUUCAACGCACUUCUGCCACAUUGGCGUGGACGGUGAAGAGAACUACUGUUGUCCGAAAAACGGUGAUCCAUGCUCUCAAGUGCUCGCCAUCGGUAAGGGAGAAGCUUCACUUACCAGGUGGAAAUUUAUGCAUCUAAUUCAUAUGUAUUCCGAUUUCUACAAAGUUAAACGAGAUUCAAACUGCAGCUUUCUCAUGAGUUAUUUAAAUAGACAGAAUUACAGGUAUUACUACGACGAGGAAUCCCGUAGGUGUCGUGAGUUCGCCUACAAGGGUUCCAAAGGAAACGCUAAUAACUUUCUUAGUAUAGAGGAUUGUGAGCAAAUGUGUCCUGUUACUCCCAAUCCUUGUCGCAUUGGUGAACCUCUUUUGAACUCUCGCAAUGAACCUAUCAUUUGUGGUGGAGAGGAUUCCUGUAUCAAUGGAUACUGGUGUCAUGUGGGAGGAAGUCCAGAAACUACUAAUUGUUGCCCAGGAAUUCGUCGUCCAUGUGAUUUACCUCAAGAGAUCGGUCAAGGAUCAGAACAGCUCGAAAGGUGGUUUUUUGACGGAAGCAUACAGAUGUGCCGAAAAUUUAUCUACAAGGGAACGAAAGGCAAUUCUAACAACUUCCUGACAAAAGAAGCAUGUCGACAAGCAUGUAGAGAAUUGAACCCGUGUGGCACCGGAGAACCACUGAUUGGAGCCGAUCCCGAUCCAGUACUUUGUACUGGAGGACAAAAAGUAGACAGUUGUCCUCGUGGAUACUACUGUCAUGUUGGCGCCAACCCUCUCACAACGCUAUGUGCGCUAUUCAUCUACGGUGGAAUAGGAGGUAAUGAGAAUAAUUUUAUAAGCCAAACCACAUGUAACGAAGCCUGCCCAGUAUAUCGCAAUUACUGUCCUCAUGGCAUUCCACUUGUCGAAGGAAAUCAUGUAACUGCAUGUGGAAUAGACCGAGUAUGUCCAGAUGGCUUCAUAUGUCACAUGAGUAAUGAGUUCAAUGUAUCCGUUUGUUGCCAGGAUCCGGUGAUCUUCUGCACGGCACCGCUCGAUCCAGGACCGUGCACCGAUUUUGAGAUCCGGUAUGGAUAUAACCCAACUUCUGAUUCUUGCGAUGAGUAUAAGUAUGGAGGAUGUGACGGCACCCUCAAUAACUUCUUCUCUCGUCAAAGAUGUACAGAAAUCUGUUGCAAGGAGUAUAGAAGAAAACACUGA